GUGGUCUCACUGCUUCCGUUUGCUGUUGAUAUACUUGAAGAAGCCCUUGUUAUCCUUGAUAUCCUUCACCAGACUCAGUUCCAGAGCCAACGCAGACAAGAGCUUCAACUGGCUUGGACUUGUAUGUCAGCAGAAUGGUUUAUUGUAUUCCAUUAUCGGGGAUUCCUUGUUGCUGGUGAUGGGUGAGCCUGAAAAAACACAGCUUGACUUGCACAUCACAGGCUACCCUUUAGCCCACUGUCCUGAAAGCGAGAGGUUCUGGCUGAUCAGGAGUCUCUAUUAGCAAUUCAAGUUGUCUGGAGAAUGGAAGGUGUUGAGUUUAAGGAAGAAUGGCAAGAUGAAGAUUUUCCAAGGCCCCUGCCAGAGGAUGAUCCUGUUGAGUCAGAUAUAUUGGCUGCAGCUGGAACAGAAAGUGAAGCUGAGGUUAAUGGAACCAAAGUGAGGAAGAAACUAGCAGCUCCAGAUAUUAGCUUAACUUUGGAUCACAGUGAAGAAUCUGUUUUGUCUGAUGACUUGGAUGAGAGUGGAGAGAUUGAUUUGGAUGAUUUGGAUACUCCUUCAGAAAAUAGUAAUGAGUUUGAAUGGGAAGAUGAUCUUCCAAAACCAAAAACUACUGAUGUAAUUAGGAAAGGAUCGCUUACUGAAUACACUGCGGCAGAGGAGAAGGAUGACGGCCGACACUGGCGAACGUUUAGGAUUGGAGAACAGAACCAUAGGGUGGACAUGAAGGCAAUUGAACCAUAUAAAAAAGUUAUCAGUCAUGGUGGUUACUAUGGCGAUGGCUUAAAUGCAAUUGUUGUGUUUGCAGUUUGCUUUAUGCCUGAAAGCAGCCAGCCUAACUACAGAUAUCUAAUGGACAAUCUAUUUAAGUAUGUAAUUGGCACUUUAGAGCUGUUAGUAGCGGAGAACUACAUGAUAGUUUACCUGAAUGGUGCAACAACACGGAGAAAAAUGCCAAGUUUAGGCUGGCUUAGGAAAUGUUACCAGCAAAUUGAUAGAAGGUUAAGGAAAAAUCUGAAAUCAUUAAUCAUAGUUCAUCCUUCUUGGUUCAUCAGAACACUGCUGGCCAUCACAAAACCUUUUAUUAGCUCAAAAUUCAGCCAAAAAAUUAGGUAUGUCUUUACCCUGGCAGAACUAGCUGAACUCAUCCCCAUGGAAUACGUUGGCAUCCCAGAAUGCAUAAAACAGUAUGAAGAAGAAAAGUUUAGAAAGAAACAGAAAAGGGUUGACCAAGAGCUGAAUGGAAAACAAGAGCAGAAAAGCGAACAGUAAGUUUGGAGUCCAAACAAGAAUGAAGAAUAUGCAGAUGGAAUGAUGCUAUUUUUGCUCCAUUUACAAUGCAUUCUCUGUGUGUGUAUAUAUUAUAUAACCUGUUGCAAAAGGUGCUUAAUUUCUUUGGACUAGCACACAAUGGACUGCUUACUGCUGUAUUGGUUUGUCUUGACUUUAAUAGCUAUGUUUAUGUAAUAAUUUUAUAUUGCUAAUUGUCAAAGAACCCUAUGUUUUCAGAGGAUGUUCUUGCAAUUGUUUAUCUAAAUGAUGCAUGUUCUUCAGUAAAAUAUUUAUAUACCUAAAUGUUAAAGGAAAGAGAUAAUAUAUAUUUUUAUGACUGAGCAAUGUAUUGUGUGUACCUGCUGAAGGAAUUCAUUUGCAGGUAGACAAGGCCAUAAGUGACUUGUAUAAAUCUGUUUUGCUAUAAAUGGUCAAGUGCAUUUCUUUGUUGUCACAGAUACCUUAAUUUGUUUGGAUAUUAACAAUGGCAUAAUGUAGUCUUUCACAAGUGUGGAGAUUGUUAUUUUUGUUCACAUACCUAACACAAACAGAGUACUCAUUUACCUCACUAGAGUGAGCUUGAGCUUUGGUGUCUUUUAGUCCACUUUUCAGAAAGCAGAACUACAGGUCUGUAAACUUCAGUCUGUUGGCCAAAGGUUUUAAGCCUAAGCUGCAACGGAAGCUAAACUGUUUGAAUGACUAGUAAGUUAUCAGACUUAUCAGUCCUUUCUCAAUUUAAGUUGCAAAUUUAGAUUCUGCUUCAAUAAGUCAAGGCUAUCUCAGCUACCAGUAGGAAAUGAGUUCAUUGCAGUUCUUCCUGGAGGAAUAUCGGUUGUCACCAGUAGGAACUCUGGCCAUACUCAGUAGAGCUUGGGAGAUAUUCCAGCCAUAAUAUCAAUGGUUGGCAGAGGUAUGGGGAGUCUUAGGCUACCUCUGUCAUCCUUGUAGAUGAAACAUCCAUUUCUAAAGUUCUUAGUUUGGUACAUCAUACCAGCCCUAAUUUUACUUAACAAAAAAGUGAUUUAAAGGUUGGGGUUGUUUUUUCUCCCCACAAUGGUAGUAAACUAGUGUGUGUAAGAGGUGUUCUUGGGCACCUAACUAGGGUUUAUAGGUUUAUCAGGGCAACAAUAAUGCACCAGUUGAUGUGUUGUGAAAGUUUGCAAUAUCUUCUGAUAAUCAUUGUGAUUUCCCUGUAAGGAAAGAUGCAUGCAAAUAAAUCCUUUCAGGAGUUGAGCAAUAUCAUCUAUUGUAGCAAAUAUAUUAAAUCUGCACUUCUGUUUUUUAUGCUCACAAUUUUGUCUUAAUGCCAAAAAUAUCAGUUCUCUAAUUAUAUUAAAAGUUAGUGUUACACAGUUCUCUUAUUUAAAAAAAUAAGGUUGCAUUCAACCAGAUUAGUACCUGACACUGAUAAAUAGCAGUCAAGAGAGACUUCCAUGGUCAAGACUUAUUACCAAUUAACAAUUAAUCUACUGUCUCUAAUGAUACAUGUAUAGACUGAGAGCAUAUUCAUGUCAGAUGAGGGCAAAUUGCCCAUGUCUCUGGGAGUUUGUCUGCAAUUCAGAGACUUUCAUAUCAAGAUCUAGGUAUUUUUGUUAUAGUAGCUUCUGUAUCACAGUUUCAGAGAGAUUAAUAUGCAGGAUGUUCUCUUUCAACAGGCAAUGCUAAUUUAGAGUUGCCUUGCAUCCAUUUCAUUGUUUGGAUCUUGUUCUGAAAGCAGAACACAAAUGUAAACUGUUUCUUUGGGGCUGUCUUAUUUCCUGCUUCAGUUUUGAUGUUGACCCAGGUUAAUGUAAAGUUCCAGUCAGUAAAUUAGACACUUUUACAGCCUGUUUACUUCUGGUAUGUUCACAGUGUGGUGUGUAUGAACAUGCACACCUGUAAACCUUCCUGAUUUUUACUGAUUCUGUGUGGGUCCUAAGCUAGAUACUGAGCAUUCUGAUCAUCUCAUUUCAAAUUUUUCCUAAUUAAAAAAGGCUUUUUCUCAGUAAAAUCAUAUUCUUAGAGAUGUCCUGUUGCUUCCUAUGUGUAUGGUGCAAUAUAGAGUAGCCAGUCCUCUGUAUAGAGGAUACUAUCAAAUGAUGGGAUUGCUAUUAAUGUCAUUCCUGGUGGCCGAGUGAUUCUGCAGUUUCAUGCUGCAGUAGUACUAUUUCUUUUGGAAAUGCGUAUGUGCUUACCUAAUGGUUUAUAUCUUCAGUGUAAGUUUUUGUGAGUGAAUAUACAGCACAACAGUUCUUCUGUCCCUAAAGAUACUCAGCUUGAGAAGCCGCUGUACUAAAGAAUUAUUCCCCUCUGACUUGUUGCAGCUCAUCAUUUAAUGGUGAGGUGGAUGUUUACAAAAAGCAAAGAGGUCCCAAAGUUAUCUUGAACACAAAUGGGUAACUUUUUUGUCAAACUUAUAUUUUUUAAAGCUAUAAAAGAAUUUCAUAUAUUUUAAUAUUUAAAAACACGAAAACUUGGAAUGUCAUACUUUUAAUAAAGUUAUUUCAAAUCCUGAAUCACUUCGAUAAGAUAGUAUUGUAGGGAAUUUACCUUUCAAUGGCACUUCCUUCUAAAAGUAAAACACGUUAGUAGAAUAGUCUGAGCCCUGUCAAGAAAAGAUAAUUUCACUAAUUUUCCUUUGAUUUGGAGGCCUAGUUAGUUUAUAUAUGCAGUAAUAAGUCAUUAGUUAGCUUUUGUUAUUAAUGUGCACAACUGAAAUAGAGACAUUUGGGCCAGUGGCCGCUGUGUGUGGACGUGACCUUUUGUGAAUUGAUUUUUACAACAGGAUAAGUGUACAGAAGUAGCAAAGAUAUUUUGGGGAAAGUGUCAUUAAAGACUGAUGUGAGUAGACUCUAGAUUGCUUGAAUGUUCUUGCCAUUCUGUAUAGUAUGGCAAAGCCAUGUUCUGUUGGAAAGUAAUGGAGGGGGAUGUAUAGGGAUUUAGUGCUGAAGCAGAUUGAAGUCUUUGAGGUUCAGGGAUGUUUAAAAUGGAAAUUGUUUGGUUCCAAAAGGCUUAGAACUAGUUGGAAUAACAUGUAAACUUGUUCAGUUUAGCAUACCUUUUUUCCUUUGUUUUCAGUGAGCAAAUGAAGAAUAGUACUUUUUGCUGUGAGGAACUUUGUACUGAGAAACAGUAGUUAUAUUCUGAAUUGCACACAAUUAGUAUAUAGCCUGUAUUUGUUAGCAUGUUUCAGCAAGUUUGCAUCAUAUGCCUAAAUGCUCUAAUGACAGCUUAAAACCUUUCAACAGUUCAAUUGUAUCAAACUUCAAGACUAGAUUACAUGGUGGUGGUAAUGGAAUUGUUUAUGAAAUGACCUUGAUGUGUGUGUCAUAGGGAGGAGAGGGUGGCAUCGGUGCCUAGCCAUGUCAGCUUCGCUGAUGUCAUCUCCUGAAGUGUCUGUAGCUAAGAGAAAAUAAUGGAACUGCAUUGUGAAUGGGCACUUUCUAAACUAAAUCUGUCACAAAGAAGUAAGUUUCUUGGUGAAAAGUGUAUUUCUUCCAGUGUCAAAUUUUUGUCUGUGUAUCCCGUGGAUUUAUACAGUAUUUAUUAUGUAGAAAGAUGGCUUAAAUACAUCUGUUAUCAAAAGCUGUUGUCUUUGGAGAUGACUCUAAUUCUCAAGUCAUUCCUGUCUCCCUCCAAAAAGACUCAUAUGAGACACAGAGGGGAACGGGAUAAUAGCUUGCGUGCUUUUUGUAACCACAGAGCUCUUACAAAGCUUUUGGUGAAAAUUCUUAUUCAAUCCUUGUGGAUGCAGGUCAUUCUCUAGAGGAUUUUUCACAGAAUGGUUGUCGGAGAUGCUUGAAAUAAGUGCUUUAAUUAUACUUUUUAAGAAUACCUGGUUUUAGUCAGAGUAGGACUCUGAAAUAUAAGGAAUAUUUAAAUAUUCUUUUUCUGAAAGACAGAUUUUGCAGCUUUCCUAGCUUCAAAUUUCUAAGUGAACUACAUUGUUUCUCUCUCUUAUUAUAUCUUCUUCCCUAUAUUGAGCUAACGGGGCGGGGGACGGACAUGGACAUUUGUGAAGUGAAGAGGGUGCAGUCCUGUUAGUUUUUCAUAAUUCCUUUCAAGCAUGAGUGAGAUCAGUGAAAUUAAAGCCAUUCUUUGUUCAACUAGAUACUUUUUUUUUUUCAGUUUUGCAGUUUGGACUGCCCGGCUACUCUGAUUUUAAACAUACUCAUCUUUUUUUCCAGUACUGAAAAUUAUCUGAGGAGAAGCUACUGUAGUGUUUUCAAAAAGUCAAGUCCUUAUCUUACCAUGCUCCUUGCUCUAUUUUGCUCAGCUGCUAGUUAAUAUUUAUGAUAUGGAAUUCCAGGCUAAUAAUUACAAAAAAUAUUUAUGGCAGACAGAUGCUUACUUUCCCAGUGGCUUUGCAGUGUUUAUUACCCACUCAUCUGAACAAAGCUCUUUUAUUAAAAGGAAAAGCCGGAGUAGUAGGGUGCUCUACCAGUUGAAUGGUAGAUAAGAAGGGUUAAGACAUUGUUAGUAUCAGUAAACUUUGUGUCUGAUAUGGGAAAUGUGCAGUGUUUAACAAAAUGAAGCUGCUGUAGUCAUGCAAAAGCAUAGCUUGUGGAUAACUGGCUUAAAUUGAUGUAAUAGUCUUCACAGAUGUGACUGUUUUCCUUUGCCCAUUUAAUAUAAAACUAUCUAAGACUCUUCACCUACCUCCUAAG